AGCGCAUCCCGAAAGGCAGCUCAGCCCUGCAAUUGACGAUUGGAGAAGCUUGAUGUUACUCAAAAACCAUCAUAUCAAGUUGCAGUUCUCUGCAUCACCUGUGUCGAAUUCAUCCGCCAAGCAUCCUCUGUCUACCCCGCGCGCUCUCCGGCUGGGUCGGUUCACAGAAUAGCUGUGUGCCAGGAAACUCGCCCACGGUUUCCACCAAGCUAUCCCGAUAUUUGUACAAAAGUAUCGGGGCGUCAGUACAUCUGGGGGUUUCACCAUUUUUCCCACCAACGUUUGCUACCUCUAAGCCUUUCCUUUCAAACCCCUUUCCAGACCUCCUUUAGCUCCCCUUGAGCCAUUAUCCAUCGCUUGGCUCAGGAACAUGAAAGGGUCAUAGCACCGCAAACGGCUAGAACUUUCCUAACCCCCUCCUACUCUCUCCUUAGCGAAGAUAUAUAAUAGGAACGGAUAGCUGCCAGGCACGAUGUUCUCCUCUUCGAAGAAGCCGUUUACAGCCAUUACUGUCCAAAUCGACCGGCUCACUAGUGAGCAAUACGACGUGGAUGAUUCCGGUGGUAUUGUAGACCUAAUCGAAGUCAUUCGACUGCAAAGCAGCGGGCCUCAGGAAGCGAGUAGAGCUCUUCGAAAGAAGCUAAAAUACGGAAGUGUUCAUCGCCAACUGCGAGCUCUGACAAUACUUGAUUUCCUUAUCCAAAACGCUGGUGAGAGGUUUUUGAAAAGCUUCGCUGAUGAGCCACUUCUUGAACGAUUAAGAGUCGCUGCCACAGAUUCAGUGUCGGAUCCAGAGGUAAGAGAGAAGUGCAAACAGCUAUUCCCACAAUGGGCCAUAUCCUAUAAAAAUACACCUGGUAUGGAGAGAGUAGCCCUUCUCUAUAAGCAAUUACCCACGCGGAAGAGGCGCCCUCGACCUCAACAGUCUAAAGUGCUGAAAGAAACAGAGGAGGCUGCGAAUGAACCGCUGGGUCAUUCAGUGGCUAUAGCAGCUGGAGAGGGACCUUCUACGGUUCUGGGCUCCCCGACAACUCGCAGGUCAUCCAUGCCUCCGUUCCCUGCUGUCUCCGGCAAGUCUAAAGAUAAAAAGAAGAAUCGAAGAGGACAGUUUAACCUUGAAAAGGAGCGACCGGAGAUUUUACAAGCAAUAGCGUCUGCCUCGGUGGCAAGCACUAAUCUCACAAACGUCCUUAAACUUGUUAAUCGUGAAACUCAGCGCGUGAGCGAUAAUGCUGAGGUUAUGGAGAAAUUUUCACGAUGCAAGGAACUGAGACGUCAAAUUUUACGAUAUAUCCAGCUUGUUGAGAGUGAUGACUUCAUUGGUAGCCUGAUCCAUGCAAAUGAAGAGCUUGUAAAUGCAUUGAUGGCAUUUGAAGUCCUUGACAAAAGCGUCGAUUACGACAGUGAUAGUGAGGAUGAUCUCUCCAUUGAUGAUAUUCGACGGCUGCCGGAAAGGAAUGUCACGGAAAGAUUUGCUGGCUUGGUGCUAAGUCCGCCAGCCAAACCGCCGCGACCGCAAAGGCCGAUGAGCCUUCCUGGACCUUUACCUUCGACUUCUAAUCCCACCAAAAAGCAACUUGCUUAUGAAACAGCAAGUGAAGAUUCUUCGAGUGAAGUAGAAGAAGAAGAUGACGAUGAUGAGAAUCCUUUUGGUGACCGAAAUGCAAUACCCACUCCAUCUAUCGAAAAAUUGGGGUUAACCUGGCGAGACGUUUGAGCUGAUUUAGGAUCAUACUCCUCAGUUCCCCUCCGUUUUAACUAUCAGUAGUCCGUAGUUUGGUAUCUUUUUACCUUUUUUUCUUUUUCCUUUUCUUUUCUCUUCUUUUCUUUUUGGUUGGCGUUUCCUAUAUGCAUUUUACCUUGCGUUUUACAUACGGUUUCCACUCGGUAUACGUUUUAUUCAUUUUGAAAGCCUGGUUUGUCGCGAAUACCCUCUUUUGCCGCUAUAUCUCUUUGGAGAAAAUUACGCCAUGUCAGCAUAUUUCUGAACAAUAUACCAAAUGAGAGAGGCUAUG